CAUUCUGUCUUCAUGUGUAGGGUAGUGAUACAGAACGAGAUGGUGUAGCCCCAGAAAAGUCCUCUCCAGAAAGAGAGAAGAAAAAGGAACAAUCAGAUGCCUCUAGUUCUCCCAGAACAUCAAAGCAUCAUUAUUCAAGAUCACGCUCACGAUCAAGGGAAAGAAGACGGAAGUCAGAUGCUGAAGGAAGAAAACACAGAAGCCGGAGCAGAAGCAAAGAGCGUGCUAAUGCGCGAAGAGACUGAACUGAAGACGCUGCAGACUCAUAGCAAAAUUAUAAGCCUACUUCAUGAUAAGGCAAGAAGACAUGAAUCCAAAGAGAAGUCCUCCAAGAAGCACAAAUCCGAAGACCACAAUGACAAAGAACAUUCUUCUGACAAAGGAAGAGAGAGCCUAAAUUCAUCUGAAAAUGGUGAGGAUAGACAUAAACGCAAAGAGAGAAAGUCAUCAAGAGGGAGGAGUCAUUCACGAUCCAGGUCUCGUGAAAGACGUCAUCGUAGUAGAAGUCGUGAUAGGAAAAAAUCCCGGUCUCGCAGCAGAGAAAGAAAACGACGUGUAAGAUCUCGUUCUAGAUCAAGAUCUAGACACAGACAUAGAAGCAGAAGUAAAAGCAGAAGUAGGAGUAGAAGCAGAGAGCGAAAGAAAAGAAUUGAAAACUUUUUUAGCAGGAGUCAUAGCCGGAGUCCGAGUCCACCGCCUUUUCGAGGACGAAACACAGCCAGGGAUGCACAGGAAGCAUUAGCCAGAAGACUGGAAAGAGCAAAGAAACUGCAAGAACAGAGAGAAAAAGAAAUGGUUGAAAAACAGAAACAGCAGGAAAUGGCUGCAGCUGCUGCAGCCACUGGAGGUUCUGUUAUUAACGUUGCUGCUCUUCUGGCAUCGGGAACACAAGUAACUCCUCAGAUAGCAAUGGCAGCUCAAAUGGCAGCACUACAAGCAAAAGCACUAGCAGAGACUGGAAUAGCUGUACCCAGCUAUUAUAACCCAGCGGCAGUGAAUCCAAUGAAAUUUGCUGAGCAAGAGAAGAAGCGGAAGAUGCUUUGGCAAGGCAAAAAGGAAGGGGAUAAAUCACAGUCAGCAGAAAUAUGGGAAAAAUUAAAUUUUGGAAACAAGGACCAAAAUGUCAAAUUCAGGAAGCUGAUGGGCAUUAAGAGUGAGGAUGAAGCUGGCUGUAGUUCUGUUGACGAGGAGAGUUACAAAACGCUGAAACAACAGGAAGAGGUUUUCAGAAAUCUAGAUGCGCAGUACGAAAUGGCAAGAUCACAGACUCAUACGCAAAGAGGAAUGGGAUUGGGCUUUACAUCUUCAAUGCGAGGAAUGGAUGCAAUUUGAAAAAAAGAAGAAAAACAAAGGCAGUUUUAAAGUUUGGGACUAUGGAAGGUUCUUGUUCAAAUGUUGGGUCCUUGUUCACCAAAAAGCUAGCAUUCUAGCUUGCAUGGGUGUUGCAUUGACUUUAAUUUAUUGAAAAAUACAAUUUUUUUGUAAAUAUCAGAUCAGUGAUACUGGUGUUAGUGUUGUAAUCAGGUUAUACCCACUUCCAUUAAACUUGGCAGAACUAUAGGAGGACAGUAUUUUUUAGUUAAAGUUCUACUUUUCAAACCAAGCAGCAGAUGGGGUAAACUCAUACAUGGAUAUUUCGUGUCCACUGUCUUGUGUACUUUUGUACUUUAACCUUGUACAGUUAUUUUCAAUUCUUGAAACAUGAAAGAAACAUUGUGUAGAUGUUAUUUAGCGGUCUGGGCCAAUAGGCACAUAAUCCAGUGCAAAAAACCUGGUUAAUAAUAAAGACAUUUUUUCUCUAA